UACAUUGUGGCGGGCAUAUUUGUUGCCUAUUCGGGUCCCUGCUAAGGUGGAAAGUUCUUUCAGUUACUUGGAGAUCAGUGCAAUUGAUGUCGCUGAUCACAAUCAGGUUGUCAUAGAAACGGAGAAAAAUUCAUACACUUUCAAACUCAUGUCCCUUGAAGAUCUGGAACAGGUCGUUACUCAUGUCACAGCAUCGCUCAAAAAGAUAUUUCCAGACUCAUCGCCGAGGAAAUUACUCAAGAAGAAUUCACCGGAGUUGCAAGAGAGGAUCAGAAAAAUCAGUUUGGCGUUGGAGGAACAGACUGAUUCCAAUCCAGGACCAUGUGGUGGCUACUCAGAAAUGUACGCAGCGUUGUGUGACUACAAUGGGUUUCUCUUCAAAGAAGAGAUCCAGUGGGAUGUGGAUACCAUCUAUCAUAGCCAGAACACCAAGGAGUUUAACCUUCUAGACUUCAGCCACUUGGACACAAGAGAUAUGGCAUUGAGUGUGGCAGCCUUGGCAUUCAAUCAAUGGUUUACAAAACUUUUCUCCAAGGAUUUGAGACUGAGUCCUGAUGUGAUUGAACAGGUCUUGUAUGUAAUCAGCUGGUCCACUAAACUAGAAGAGCUGGUUUUAGAAAAUGCUGGAAUAAAGUUUGAUGCUGCACAGAAAAUAGCUCAGGCUAUGGAAGAGAAUGUGAAUCCUGCACUCCACACAAUAAAUCUAUCCAACAAUCAACUAGAGGACAGAGGAGUGUUAGCACUCAGUCAACAGUUUGAAAAGCUCAGCAAAGGGCUGAAGUACAUCAACCUCUCCAGGACAUCACUGACAACAAAGGGUCUGAACUCUUUGGCUCAGUCAUUCAUUGCCAAUGAAACAUUUGCAUCCUCUCUUGUUCACCUGGAUCUCUCUGGUAAUCCCAGCAUCUUUGCUGUUGAAGAGAAUUGUAAUUUUUAUGCCUUCCUUGCCCGUCCGAAUGCACUGACUCACCUGGAUCUUGCUGGGACCGACUGCGCCCUGGAUUCUCUGUUUGGAGCACUGAAUCGUGGGUGUUGUAUACACCUAUCCUCUCUGAUUCUCAACCGAAACGUAACUUCCCACAAGAAAACAAAGGAAAUCCCUUCUUCGAUGAGGCAGUUCUUCAGCAACUGUUUAUCCUUGAAGUUCAUCACACUAUCUGGAAUCAAACUACCACUAGAAGCAGUAAGAGCAAUUUUCCAAGGCCUGGCCUUUAACACUCACAUCUGUGAUGUGCACCUGGAUCUAGGUAGCUGUGAGUUGAGAUCAGCUGGGGCUCAGGUGAUCCAGGAUCACAUUAUCGAUGCCAGCGGCAUCACUAGUCUGGAUAUCUCGGACAAUGGGUUUGACUCAGACAUGGUGACGUUGGUAUUGUCUAUAGGGAGAAGCAAAUCCAUCCGACAUGUAGCACUCGGCAAAAACUUCAAUAUAAAGCCAAAAGCCUUGGCUGAUGUUCUUCACAGGAUCGUCCAACUUAUCCAGGAUGAAGACUGUCCUCUGCAGUCACUGUCGAUUGCUGAUUCACGAUUGAAGUCUGGAGCGAAUAUUCUCAUUAAUGCACUGGGCAACAACACGUGCUUGAAGGAAGUUGAUAUUAGUGGAAAUGCCAUGGGAGACAUUGGAGCAAAGAUGUUGGCCAAAGCUUUGCAGAUCAAUACAACCCUUGGGACCGUGAUCUGGGACCGAAAUAACACAACAGCGGUGGGAUUCCUGGAUGUUGCAAGGGCACUGGAGAGGAAUUAUACACUACGGUCGAUGCCUUUACCUAUGAGUGAUGUCUCUCAGGCUUGUAGGAGCAAUCCAGAGAAAACUGAGGAAGCUCUGCAGAAGAUACAAUCACAUCUCCUCCGGAACAAUCAGAUGAAGAAGGUUUCUCCAGAGCAUGCUUUUCGACUGCAAGAGAGAAUUGUAACAAGUUCCACUCAACAAAUGGUGGACAGUGUGUGUGAAAAGGUGCAAGAAUAUCUGCACAUUAUUGACAAUGGAUCAGUGAAAGAAAGGCAAGAAGAUAUCAUAUUUGCGGAAGAAAUCAUUAAGGAUGCUAAAACAUUAACCACUCUGUUACCAGCCAUGUAUCAAAUGGGUAACACAACACCUUUGUUAAGGAGAGUGCAGGGAAAGCUGGAGUCAGCUGCUGAAGAGGUCUCGCAAGCUAUAGUUGAGGAAAUCCAGACACUCAUUCAGUCUCUCAUGAAGUCCGCCAUUAAUCUCUGCCCCAGUCUUGUGCAGAAAGUCAACAUGCAGGAACAGUUCAUCAGCAAAGUAACUGACAAAAUCAUCAACCCUAAGAAUUUUGCAAGGAGCAUGAUUAUUGAUCAAACGGGAUUAGGGAUCGUGAACAAACUCAGUGAAGUGAAGCUCAAUGUUACCGCUGCUUUAAUCAACCACAUUGUCGACAAUGUUCUGAAGGACUUGGCCAUUGCUCAGCAGAAGCUUGCAUGUUAUGUAAUGAAGUCUCCGUGUGAAACAUUAGACACAAACACAACACGUGUAGAAAUCUCGGAGGAAGAAGUCAUCAGCAGCAAAAGCAGUGUUUCACUAAAAAUCCCAGCGGACGGCUUGGUUCCAAUGGAGAGUCUGUCUAUACUUCAUAGGAAGACCAUACAUUCCAGAAGAAUCAGGCCAACUACCGCUUUGAAGAGGAGCUCGGACAUGGAGGUAGAAAGACAAACUGAAGAAGUACCUUCUGCAACUACAACAGAACUGCUGGCGGAUGGCGUUCAGUCUGUUAAGUCGCAUCCAGCCUGUGAAGAAAUAACUGCUGCAAAUGGCACAAAUACUGAGAAUGAUUCUACGGAUUGUCUAAUAGAGCUGCCCACGGAAGGAUUUAAACUGCAGCACCACACACGGGGAAGACCAAGACCAAAUCGGACCAGGAAGCAGCCUCCUUCCAAACCUUCCGUAAAAUUUGCCGACCAGGAGAAGAAAGAGAAUGCAGCCAACACCCAGGUAGAUGAUGGACUUGAACAAUUCUUCAAGAAUAAGACAGUAUUUGAGGAAACCAGGAACGCCGACCCUGUGAAGCAAGAAGAACCAAGCACCACAACGUCAAUCCCUUUAAAAACUAAAAAGAGAUACCCUAAACUCAGCGACUUCUUUAUCUUCAAGAAAGGAAAGAUCAAUAAAAUGAAAAAAACAGAGGGAGGCCCCGAGGGAAACCAACGGAAAAACAAGAAGAGUUCAUCCUUGGAUUUCCUGAGACCGCACUGUAAAUCAGAGGAGAUGCUGGGUCAGGCUGCACCACCACAGGGCAGUGGCGAGCCAAGCAAACAAGAGGAUGUUCUCAAAUGCCAGUCAUCGCCACGAUGGGCUAAAGCACACUCAUUAAUUCUCUUCCCUGGGAACGUGGAUGCCAGUAAUUUGUCAGUUCAUGCCUUGGAAUGUAACUCUGAGCUCUCUGAAGGAAAACUGCUGUUCAGAUCUGAAGAACACAUACACCAGGCACUAGACACAGCAGGUCUGAAGACAAUGCCCUCUGACCCUCAGAUGAGUCUGAGCUCGGAAUCAGAGUUUAAAGUAACAGAAUUUAAAGGAAUAUCCAGAGAGAACAAACCACAGCCUCCGCCUCAAUCACUUAAACGUGCCAUGCAAGCCAAUUUAGCCAAGUCCAGUGCAAGCCUUAAAACAGAUAAAGGAGGAGAUUUUGAAGGGCAAUUAUCGCCAGAAGCCAGGAAUGCAGAAGUUGAUAGCAAGGAAGAAAAUAAAAGACAAGAACUCACAUCAGGAAGGGACCAGAAAAUUCUGUUUCCACUUCCACGAACAAAAUAUUUGCAACAGCGGAAAAAAGAACAGAAUGUAAAUCCUAUACCAGUUCCGAGAAAGUCAGUGUCAUUGCAACAAAGCUUAACUCUGGAUGAAACGCGUGGCAUUGAGAAGCAUACAACGCCAACUCCAAAUUCAACAUCAAUAAAGAAAAAUGACAUUGCAGUAAAGGAAAAGAAUGAAGAAAGUUCAGCCUCUGAAGAUAAGAGUGAAACCUCCACUGUAGAACAGUUACCUCGUGAGAUCUCCAACUGUGCAGAGCAUUCAUAAUUUUUAAAGGAAAGUCUUCAUGAUCAUUGCUGAUUGACUGUCUAAAACCAGCACAUGCAAUCAAGAUUGAAAUGCUGAAGUGAAAAUGGGCUGCAGCAUGGAGAAACCAGUUUGAAGUACCUACCUGGACUAUCUGUUGAAAAAGGAAUUGGAAGAGAAAAUUAUUUCCAUUUGAUAGUUCUAUUUUUUGAUACUAUUUGUAUGAAACGUUGAUUAAAAUACAUGUAACUUGCGUUUGCAGAUUUGGUUGACGAAAGCGUAGGAUCACCUUCAGCCUAAAGUGUCAAAUUGAUGCUCUAUCUUGGCCUCCUGAGGUACCAACAUCACAAAAGUCAGUAUUCAGCCAACUGCAUUAGAAACAUAGAAAUUAGGUGCAGGAGGAGGCCAUUUGGCCCUUCAAGCCAGCACCGCCAUUCAUUGUGAUCAUGGCUGAUCGUCCCCAAUCAAUAACACAUGCCUGUCUUCUCCCCAUAUCCCUUGAUUCCAUUAGCUCCAAGAGCUCUAUCUAUUAAUUCUAUUAACUCUGUUAAUUCUAUGUGUUAUCAAAUAGCUGUGGACAUUGGAGGGAAAGGCCUGACAAUAUUCCCAUUUUCCUGCUGGAUGUGUUUGAGAACCAAGCGUUCUAUUACAAUUCCCAUUGCCAUUUACCCGACACUGUGGAAAAUUUCUCAGAUAGAUUGUCCACAAAAAAAGCAGAAACAAACCAACUCCAUUAACCAGUGCCCCAUCCUUUUGUCUUAAUUAUAAAUGAAUGUUGUCAGUAGUAUCAAUAAUUCCCCAACAUGAUCAGUCUGAUGAAGGGGCCCGACCUGAAACAUCACCUAUCCAAGUCUUCCAGCGAUGAUGCCCGACCCGCUGAGUUAUUCUGGCACUUUGUGUCCUUUUGUAAACCAGCCCCUGCAGUUCCUUGUGCCUCGUCUUCAACUGAGUUGAGUUCUGCCAAGAUCAUUCUCUGCCAAUGGUUCCAGAAGUGGCAAAGUGCUCUUUCCUGGACUUGAGAUGAGCAACAGCACAAUGAACAAGAUAUGCAGACCUGGUUUUUCAAAAAGAAAUAAGAUUCUCCAAAGAGGGAGACUCUGAUAACCUUCCUCUGACAUUCAACAAACUUUAACUGGGCCAGUAUCUUACUUAAUAUGUCAGAAUUCUGUGGAGAUUCUCCAUGUCUGUCAUCACCUUACCACCAUUUAUAAAUGCACAAAUCAUGGAUGCGAUGGAAUACCCUCCACUUAAGCUCCAAUGAUGCUUCAAAUAUUUUAUACCAUUCCAACACAUUUUGUUAAAAAAAAAUGUAAAUUUAAAGGGCGGCACAGCGGUGGAGUUGGUAC